CCUGUCAAAACCCCUUUUAGACCAUCGUUUUUUUCGGCCUAAUAUAUAUAUCCUAAAUUCUUUCUCUUUUCUCUCAUUCACUACUUUAAUACCCAACAACAACAAUAACCCUUAUUUUUUUUUUCCUUCGUUGAAUCUCCCUCUCCCAUCAUCCAUUUUCUUCUUUCUCGAAACUUCUUUCCUGGGUUUUUCUUUUUAUUUGUUUAUAUAUAUAUAUAUAUAAAUGUAUAUUUGGAUGUUGUUGUUAAAAGAAUCAUAUUUGUAUCUGUCAAGAUAGAGAACAAAGGAGGAAGAGCAGGAAAGGUGAUUUUUUUUUUGUUUUGUUUUGUAAGAUAGGGGAAUGGAGCAAAAGGGGAUAUUGUUGUCAGCUUUGAGUGUUGGGGUUGGAAUUGGUGUUGGCCUUGGAUUGGCUUCAGGGCAAACUGUAAGCAAAUGGGCUGGGAACAACACCAUUGCAGAUGAUGGUAUUACAGGGGAGCAGAUUGAGCAAGAACUUAUGAGACAAGUUAUAGAUGGAAAGCUUAGCAAGGUUUCCUUUGAUGAUUUUCCUUAUUACCUUAGUGAAAGAACUCGGGCGUUAUUGACUAGUACUGCAUAUGUGCAAUUAAAACACAGUGAUGUCUCUAGGCACACGCGGAACCUUUCUCCUGUCAGCAAAGCUAUUUUGCUCUCAGGACCUGCUGAGCUUUACCAGCAAAUGCUUGCCAAGGCUUUGGCACAUUACUUUGAAUCAAAGCUACUGCUUUUGGACAUUACUGAUUUUUCUCUUAAGAUGCAGAGCAAAUACGGUUGUACCAAGAAAGAAUUUGCUUUGAAGAGGUCCAUCUCAGAGAUGACUCUAGAGCGAAUGAACGGCUUGUUUGGUUCCUUUUCGCUCCUAUCGCCAAGAGAAGAAACAAAUGGUACAUUACGUCGACCUGGUAGCGCUAUUGAUAUUAAGUCCAGGGCUGUGGAAGGUUCAAACAAUCAUCCAAAACUCCAUAGAAAUUUCUCUGCAGCAUCUGAUAUGAGUAGCAUCUCUUCGGCUUCUGUCACAAAUCCAGUGCACAAGCGCACUAGCAGUUGGUGCUUCAAUCAGAAACUCUUUCUGCAGUCACUUUACAAGGUUCUGGUUUCAGUAUCAGAAACUGGCUCCAUCAUCUUAUACCUGAGGGAUGUUGAGAAGCUCCUCCUCCAAUCAGAACGGUUAUAUAAUCUGUUUCAAAAGUUGUUGAACAAACUUCCACAUUCAGUGCUGAUACUUGGUUCUAGGAUGUUGGGUCCAGAAGAUGAUUACAGGGAGGUGGAUGAGAGGCUUUCGGCAUUAUUCCCAUACAAUAUCGAGAUAAAACCACCCGAAGAUGAAAAUAAUCUUGAUAGCUGGAAAGCCAAACUGGAAGAGGAUAUGAAGGUGCUUCAAGCUCAAGAUAACAGAAACCACAUUGCUGAGGUACUUGCGGCGAAUGACCUUGAGUGCGAUGAUUUGGGUUCUAUUUGUUACUCAGACACCAUGAUCUUAGGUAAUUAUAUUGAAGAAAUUGUGGUAUCAGCAAUCUCUUAUCACUUGAUGAACAAUAAGGAUCCAGAAUAUCGAAAUGGCAAGCUUGUUAUAUCAUCCAAGAGCUUGUCCCAUGGACUGAAUAUAUUCCAAGAAGGAAAAAGCUGUGGGAAAGAUACAUUAAAAUUAGAGACAAAUGCUGAAUCUUCCAAGGAAAAAGAAGGUGAAGAGGCUGUAAGUGCGAAAACAGAACCAAAAUCCGACGCAGCUGCCUCUGAAAGCAAAAGUGAGACUGAGAAGUCUCUUUCUGGUGUGAAGAAGGAUGGAGAGAACCCACCAGCAGCAAAAGCACCUGAAGUUCCUCCUGAUAAUGAAUUUGAGAAAAGAAUAAGGCCUGAAGUUAUACCUGCAAAUGAGAUUGGUGUGACAUUUGCCGAUAUCGGUGCUAUGGAUGAUAUCAAAGAAUCGCUUCAAGAGCUAGUCAUGCUCCCCCUACGAAGGCCAGAUCUCUUCAACGGGGGACUUCUCAAGCCUUGUAGAGGUAUAUUACUCUUUGGACCUCCCGGUACUGGAAAAACAAUGCUUGCAAAGGCCAUUGCAAAUGAAGCUGGAGCAAGCUUCAUUAAUGUCUCGAUGUCCACCAUCACAUCAAAAUGGUUUGGAGAAGAUGAAAAGAAUGUGAGAGCUUUAUUUACGCUAGCAGCAAAGGUCGCACCAACUAUUAUUUUUGUGGAUGAGGUUGAUAGCAUGCUGGGGCAAAGGACUAGGGUUGGGGAGCAUGAGGCUAUGCGGAAAAUCAAGAAUGAGUUCAUGACACAUUGGGAUGGUCUAUUGACCAAAGCUGGUGAGCGAAUUCUUGUCCUUGCUGCAACCAACAGGCCAUUUGACCUCGAUGAAGCAAUAAUUAGGCGUUUCGAGCGCAGAAUUAUGGUUGGCCUUCCAUCCAUUGAGAGUAGGGAAAUAAUUUUGAGAACUUUACUGGCGAAAGAGAAAGUUGAAGAUCUCGACUUCAAGGAGCUUGCAACCAUGACAGAAGGAUACAGUGGAAGUGAUCUCAAGAACUUGUGCAUAACAGCGGCUUAUCGACCUGUUAGGGAGUUGAUAAAGCAAGAGAGGUUGAAAGAUCAGGAGAGGAAGAGGCGUGAAGAGGCAAGCAAGAACUCAGAAGAUGCUUCAGAUACAAAAGACGAGAAUGAGGAAGAAAGAGUAACUGCUUUGAGGCCUUUAAACAUGGAAGAUAUGAGACAAGCAAAGAAUCAGGUUGCUGCCAGCUUUGCUUCGGAAGGAUCAGUAAUGGCGGAGCUAAAGCAAUGGAACGAUUUAUACGGAGAAGGCGGUUCAAGGAAGAAGGAACAGUUAACUUACUUCCUUUAGAUUGCAAAAACCAGGCAUCUCAUGUUCACAUCAUUCAAACAGAGUUCUCUAUGAAGAGAUGUAAAAAUUUGGUGAUGCCAAAAGCCCCCUUCAACAAAAAUAUAGAAUUUACAUUGGAUGGGGUAGCAUCAAGAUGGAAAGCUCCGGCCGGGAUCUGAAAUUUCAACAAUACAACCACAGAGUUCUUUUGUAGUGUGCGUGAAAUGCAUUUUUAGAGUACAUACAAUAUAUAUGUAUAUGGGAUUUGUACAUGAUGCUUAGAAAAAGGGUUUUUGGAAAAAUACAGUCUUUUCCAUUAACCAUUUGCCACCAAUCUUUUGGGUAUGUUUAGUAGUGUUUUAUGUGAAUGUGUGGUACUUGGAAAUUCCUAGGUGGGGGGUGGGGGAAGGGGGUUUAAUAUCGGAUUGUUUGAGAUUAUGUAGUUAAUAAAGUUUAUGAUUAUAUUAUUGGAUUGAAUAAUUUAAUAUUUCUGGUUA